AUGGGCCAAAUCGACACCUCUCAGAAUAAUGCAAUCGCCGAAAGCGCUCAGAUCCAAGAGAAACCAACCAAUGCUGAGAUAAAUGCGACAAUCCCUCUUUCAGAUAUAGAAGAUGGAAAAGCCAACCCUCCCCAGCACGAAGCGCCUGAAAUUGUCACCUUCAAAAACAACGACCCCGACAACCCACUGAACUGGCCCAGAGCCAGAAAAUGGUCCAUUACCAUUGUGGUCUCCCUCUCUGUGUUUCUCAUGCCGUUUUCGUCGGCCAUUGUCGCCCCCGAACUAAACACGAUCAGAAAAGAGCUUGACAUGAAAAGCUCUCUCGAGUCGGUGUUAGUGCUUUCAACUUUCGUAUUAACUUACUGUCUCGGCCCUCUUCUUCUCGGUCCAUUGAGCGAACUCUUUGGGAGAGUCGCUGUUUUGCAUUCUGGUAAUACCUUCUAUCUCAUCUUUAACCUUGUGUGUGGAUUCGCCCGUAAUAAAGGCGAGCUGCUUGCUUUUCGACUCUUGAGUGGGUUUGGCGGAGCUGCUGGGCUAGUAGUCGGUGCAGGUAUUAUCAGCGACUGCUUCGCAAAAGAAGAACGCGGGUGGGUGAUUGCAAUCUACAACAUCGGACCUCUCGUCGGACCCUCCCUCGGCGCUGUGAUCGGAGGCUUCAUCACCGAAUACACAACCUGGCGCUGGGCCUUCUGGGCAACCUCGAUAUUCAACGGGGCAUUGGUGAUACUGGGUUUAAUCGUCAUGAAAGAAACAUACCCGCCAGUAAUUCUAGCUCGUCGGAAGAAGAACAUGGCCACGACGACAGGCAAGACAACAUUGACAACGCCAUACGAAUCUCCCGAUAAAACCCUCAGCCAGCUCUAUCGCACUUCUCUCCUCCGCCCACUCCAACUCCUGAGAAUGCAGCCCAUCGUCCAGAUCCUGGCCCUCUUCUACGCCUACCUGUACGGGCUAAUGUACCUAGUGCUCUCGACGUUCGCCACGCUAUGGGAAGACAGAUACCACGAAGCCGUCGGCACCGGAAGUCUCAACUAUUUCGCGCUGGGAUGUGGAUACCUCGUCGGGUCACAGAUUUGCGGCUUCUUCGCGGACCCCAUUUACAAGGCGUUGCAAACGAAGAAUGACGGGGUGGGCAAGCCCGAGUUCCGCGUCGUGCUGAUGUUCCCCGCUUCGGUCUGCGUGCCCGUCGGAUUGCUCUGGUAUGGAUGGGGCGCGCAAGCCGUCACGCAUUGGAUCGUGCCCGAUCUGGGCAUUGCGCUCUUUGCUGCCGGCGCGAUGAUUUCCUUUCAGUGCACCACGGCCUAUCUAUACGAGGCCUUUACGUUGUACGCGGCAAGUGCGACUGGUGCGGUGUAUAUACUGCGCGCUUUGACUGGUUUUGGGUUUCCCCUGUUCGGGCCAAGGAUGUAUGACGCCCUUCAGUAUGGAUGGGGCGAUACGGUGCUGGCGCUGGUGGGGGUGGUGAUGGGACUGCCGGCGCCGAUGAUUCUCUGGUAUUAUGGUGAAUGGCUGCGAGCUCGUAGUAGCUAUGCGACUGGGUGA